AUAACCCAUGAACCACUUGCAAAUGUGACAUUAUUUCCCACAUAUUUGGUAUUUAAAUUCAGACCAAUCAAUACGUUUAACUCUUAUUUUAGACAUUUUUCUCUCCCUGUCAACAAAAAAAUAUAUACCGGUAGGCCCCAAUAAUUAACUGCUAUAUUUAUUGUAAUUAAUCCUUGGGACGUCCCAACCCUGAACCUAACCAUUUUAAAUGUCAACUUCAAAGAAGUAGGGACUUCCCAACCCUGAACCUAACCAUUUUAAAUGUCAACUUCAAAGAAGUAGGGACGUCACAGAUAGGUCGGACCGUUCUAUCACGUAUCCACAGUCAGUGGAAGUCUUCUAAUUUUUUGCGAAAGAUGGCGGCGUUGGUGGCAGUCCCUCGCCUCGCCGCGUUUGGUAACUUUUCAUCAAGACCCAUUUCAGUAUUUGUGAUACAACAGAGGUUGCUACACCACAUUGCUAAAAGCGACAAUGCUACAAGUGUGGUUCCAGUCAGAGAGAAAAGCACAGCGGUGGCUGCUGCCAAGCCCGCUGCAGUAGCAAGCAGCAAGGGAGAAUAUGUCAUCACUAAACUGGAUGAUCUGGUGAACUGGGCACGCAGAAGCUCCCUGUGGCCCAUGACCUUUGGCCUGGCAUGCUGUGCGGUUGAGAUGAUGCACAUGGCGGCUCCUCGAUACGACAUGGAUCGGUUCGGAGUGGUGUUCAGAGCCAGCCCCAGACAGGCCGACGUCAUGAUUGUGGCAGGCACCUUGACCAACAAGAUGGCCCCCGCUCUGCGCAAGGUUUAUGACCAGAUGCCUGAGCCAAGAUAUGUCAUUUCCAUGGGCAGCUGUGCCAAUGGGGGUGGCUACUACCACUACUCUUACGCCGUGGUUCGAGGGUGUGACCGCAUCGUACCAGUGGACAUAUACGUUCCAGGCUGCCCACCCACAGCAGAGGCCCUUCUCUAUGGGACGCUACAGUUGCAAAAGAAAAUAAAGAGAGAGAAGAAAAUGAGGAUUUGGUAUCGGAAGUGAAAUUAUGUACGUCUGGCUUUUUGUAGAUGUUGUAUUUAUUGGUGGUCUGAUCAGCCAGUAAACCGGUUGGCAAUAUCCUCAGGAAUCACUCUGGGUUGAGCUCUGGCUCCUCUCUGUAGAAACAAUAAAGGAAUUUCUUGUCAUUUGUAUCACUGUUCUUGGCCUUGCACAGAUUAUGAUACUGGCAGGGAUAUAAAUACAUUUAGCAAUAAUUUUAACUGAGCAUUUUAAACAUUGUUAUGGUCAUUACAAUGUAGAUGGAAUGUCACCUUAGGUUUCUUUAGUAGUCCAUUAGUUUUUGUAAUGUAUGUUGGUGUACUUCUUUGUUUGAAGACUUUGUGUGUAUAUUCUGAACCAGUAGAUGGUGCACUUGGCACCCCAAAAAAUUCUGAGUUUAGACAUUUUACUUCUAUUCGCUCUGGGUCUACGGAAGAGGGAGUAGUCCCUUUGAAAUAUUCCUAAAUGUUUCCUUUCUUCCUUGAAGUAAUCACUGACCUGACAUUGAAUUAUGUAUUGUCUCAGGGCCAGUCUUUGGUUCUACUCACCAACACUCAAUCCCAAAUUGACCCCGGCCCUGUAUGCAAUUGUGUACAUCUUAGACAAUUGGAAGGUAGCAAUAGGGGUGCUAUUCCACCUAGCCUAUCAGGAAGUAGGGUGUAGCUGUUCAUAUUUUGUAGGAAAGUUGUAAACGGUUUACACCUAUAACAUUUUAUUUGCACAAAGACGCUCCCUUUGGAUGUAAUUUAUAGUGACAUCACACGAUCUACAUUUAAAAAAUAUAAAAUAUAUACACCCUCUAAUUCUGCAAGAAAUGUAGCAUGCAUCAUAAAUACAAUUUAUGUAUUUUCUCAGUGUUCAGUAACUCCUCUCACCGGGCUUAAGGAUUUGUGACCCAAUAGUAAAUGUGUAUAGAUUGAGUUAAAUUCUUGUGAGAGAUAUGCUAUAUUCAAAGGUCCUACUGUUCUCAAUUUUCUGUUAAAAAAACUUCAUCGUUUGGGGUAAGAUAUGACUAACCACUUAUCUACCAGCUGCAAUGAGAUCAGCACUGUGCCAUGAUGACAACUUAUCAAUGAAUGAUUAACAAGUUCUAACUUGAUAGGGACUUUUUCCAUCAAUUUUCCUAAAGCUUCCAUGCCGUCUGUUUAAAUCAUCACUGUAUGUCUAAUAUAUUACUUUAAUUAAAAUAAUUGAUUUUU